AUGAUUGUGAUCCGACGCGAUGUCGCAUCCCAGUCGAAAAUUAUCCCUCCAUUAUGCGACGAUCGACUAGGUGUUUCAACAAAUUUGGUUUAUAUAGGAGAAGAUUCAAGCCAGGUGAUAUUCGUUUCAUGGAAAUUGUCCCAUGAGGCUAAUAUGAUCGAUUGGAUAGGCCUAUUCAAUUUUGGUAAGUGGCGAGAUAAGGAGUAUUAG